AUGCCAGGUAGAAGUGGUCUUAUUCUCAGCUACAUCAUCCUCAUAUAUGUCAGAUUACUGACCAGAACCGCCUCUAGAUCCUUUAAUUUAAAGUUUCUCCUCAUUAUCCUCAGCGCCUGGGUUAAAGUACCUAAUUAUCCAGGAGGCAACCAAACAGAUAACUAA